GCUCUCCUUCCUUGCACUGCUCAGCACUCAACAUGGCUCUGCGCCUCCUCCUGCUUCUGCUGACUGCAACCAUCCUCAUCAGCCAGGCUCAAGGCAUUGGUAACUUGGGCAUGGACUGCUGCUUGAAGUACAGCGAGAAACUCAUCUCCGUCAACCGGCUGACUUCUUACACCCUCCAAGAACCUGAGUCGGGAUGUCUGCUGCGUGCUGUUGUGUUUACCACCAAGAAGAACAAGAAGAUCUGCGCCUCUCCCACUGAUGCUGAUGUCCAGAAGAUGAUGCAGAACCUGGACAAGAGGGUCAGGAAGGACAAGAAGAGGCAGCCCCCACGUUACCGGGGCAGACCCAAGCGUCAGAAGCAGCAGAAGGUCUAAAUCAGGCCUGAAAAGGACGGAUGCUUUCCCUACCAAUGACCAACCUGGCAAUGGACAUCUAUGGACCAUCCACUGUCGUGCUGGCCCUGGGGCAAGGAUGGGGCUGGCCAAGGGGGCUGCUGUCUUCUCUUCUCUGCAGCCCCCUUGGCACUGCCAAGCCUGCCCCAAAAGUUGGCAGGAAGGGUCACUCAGGUCCCCGCUCGCCCCAUGGCCAUGCCAGCGGGGACCUGGACCCAUGUGGGAGCUGAGCCAUAGCCUCAAGGGGGAAUGGGGCAGCCUUCCCACCAGAGGGGAUUUCUAUAGCCUGACAGGACGGCAGCUUUUCCUGUGACUUUUAAGGGUGUUUUUAUACUUUUCUAUUUAUAUUUAAAGACUGUGCUUUCAUUCAGUCUUCCUGGAAAGCUGUACUUCUGGCUCUUUGUGCUUCACAGGGUACCCUUUCUGCUGCUAUCUGGCUUUUACUGGAAAAUUGCUCUUAUUUUUCUACCAAAUAAAUGAUCGAUGCUGCUAA